UUCUUCGACNAGCAUUGUGCAACUUGCAGUGUGCUUAUUGUGAUACCAAAUAUACAUGGCUAUUUGAAGAAGAGAAACAACAACAAGUAUNGACACGUAUACGUGAGAAGCAGAGAGAUAAAUUUGACUNGAAGGUUUACCAGAAAUCUUCUGAAGUUCGGAACUUGUCCAUACCUGAUGUUGCCAAAACGGUGUNGAAUUUAUCACAAGGUCGUAUUCGUGCUAUGGUAUNGACAGGAGGAGAACCUCUUAUACAGCGAGCUGCAUUGUCGUCGUUAUNAAAGUCCAUAUNAAGUGAAGGUUAUCACGNAGAGAUUGAAACCAACGGAACUANAAGGCCAGAAAGACUUCCCGNAGAAGGUAUUCGUUUCAACGNGAGUCCAAAACNGAGCAAUUCGUUUCAGCCGUUUGAAAAACGUAUUCACCGCCAAGUCCUACAAGAGUUCUNGAACAGAGACGCCAUAUUUAAGUUUGUUAUUACUCAAGAAAAGGAUAUCACAGAAGNGAACAAUCUGGUGGAUCNAGUGCAAAUACCGAGAGAACGGGUAUAUUNGAUGCCUGAAGGAACAGACGUGGAGACUUUACAUUUACGAGGAAGGUGGUUGGCAACUGAAUGUGUUCGACAUGGCUUUCGCUAUUCUCAUAGACUGCAUAUUGAUUUAUGGGGUAAUAGACGUGGGGUCUGAAAGUUGAUAAGACACUCUGAAAGCAACCCCUAAAGUAUCCUUGG